GAAGAAACCCAAGACGCGCAGGCUCGAAAGAUGGCGAUCGAAUUCGCCGUCAUCGCCGACGACACGCGCGCGGUCGAGGUGCAGGUGCUGUCGGUGGCGAAGAGCGUGUUCUACGCGCGAUACGUCGUGCUGGCGACGGCGUUCAAUCGACCGCAGAUGAACGCGUGCUGCGCGAAGAUGCGAGAACUGGCGAACGAGGCGUACGGGUUGACGGUGCCGAAGAGCGCGGCGCAGGUGGGGGAUUGGGCGUGUUUGGACUGCGCGGACGUCGUCGUGCACGUGUUUUCGCCGAAUUCGCGAACGCAUUACGAUUUGGACGGGUUGUAUAAGGGCGCGGAGCGCGUUGAGUUG